ACGCAACUCUGUCAUCUUCUUGUCAUCUUUCUCUACUUCCGUUCUCCUUCCUCUCUCCUUCCUCUCACUCCCUCAUCCUCUUCCCAUAACACUAUUUCGAGCAACACCAUCACCACCCAUUCUCAGAUUCUAUCCUUCUAUGAGCAAAAUCUAUCAACACCUCAGUCAUGACUAGAGGUCGUAAAACCAACAAGCUACCCAGAUCCAGAGACGACCACGGAGCUGAACACGGAGUGACCCACGAAGCAAAGCAGGACACCCAGUCCGACUCAAACACUCCCGCCGUUUCUCCGACAGAUCCUGAUGGUGAUGACAUGGACCUCAACGCUGGCAAUAAACCGCGAAAGGUGGAUGACAAAACAAAGCAUCAGGCAAAGCAUGGAAAACAGGCUGGAGUGGUUUCUGAGAUAAGGGUCGAAGCUGAACGGCGUUCAGACCCUCAGACCAACCCAGACGAAGACUCCAAGAUUGAGGUGCUUCCCUGGAGGAAACCGCAAGCCCGGCCUAUCCUCAGAUUCCCCCAGUGGCCCGAGGGUGCUACAGAAGAGCAGCUAAAACAGUACAACGAGAGGAAGAAGAAGGAGGCAAGCGAGAAAGCGAAACGCAAAUCAAACAAGCACAAGAAAGUCAGCGUACAACGCACGUUUGACGUUCCAGAGGAACGCGUAGUUGUCAAAGCAGAGAUCAACGCCCUGCUAACCCAGACCCAAGGCGACCUGAUCGAGAUCGAUCACCCCGGGUACAUUCAGGAACGCCUCAUCACAGCAGGUCUCUCUCAACUGGGCGCUGGACCAUUCAUGCCUCCAUUCUGGGGCAACCACCCGGUCAAGCUCGCACUGCUCAAGCCCCUUGCGUAUAGUGAGACUCUCGCUGACUGCACCAAUCGCAAAGCCGACUUCUGCACAGAUCAUAUCGAGCCCGGACAGACGUGUCUUGAUAUUCAACCUUUGGGCAGAGCCUGGAGACAGGAGCUGCUGAAGGUCCCACCCAUGUCAUCUCUAAUCUUCGACCUCACUAUCCCGUCCAUCAAGUACAACGGGAAGGGCAAGGGGAGGGCCAAGGACACUGACGAGACCGAGCCGCAGCUGGCCUGGGGAGACCGCGAUAGACCCUGUCUCGUUGUCUCGAUGCGCGAGGUGAUCCACAUUGUGACUACCAUCGCUACUUCGAUGAAGAUCCGCGGCAAGAAUUCCACGCGUUUCGUCCUAAUGUACGACCCGUCACAGCUUAUUCGCCUGGACGAGAUCAAGGAAUUGAAGGAGAAACUGCGUGUACUGAGUCGUUGAGUUCCGGCUUGCUCUUGCAGCGCACCCACUCGAACUCAUUGUCCGGAUCUAUAACUACGCUCUCCGAUGGAUGGG